AUGCCACCACCACCACUCUCCAAGGGAUCCACAUUCAAUCCGAAUCCACAACCUCGAGCCCGCUUCUUCGACGUCUUCAACUCCGCCUCGACGGGUCAUCAGGUUGCCGAUGGCGGCGGCGCCCGCGGGUGCGAAUGGCGGAUCACCCGGCAGGAGAAACUGGCGCGGCAGUUUGGGUCGAGGGUUGGGGGUUGCACCUCUUCAACGGCCAUGACAUCUGCUGCUGCAGUGGAGGGGAUGGGAGAUAAUAUUGGGGAGGAGCAGGAGGAGGCGGGGAGGGGAGAGUGGGUGUUUGCUGCUGCUGCUGCUCAUUCCGAUUCUGUUUGCUCUGGGAACAACAACAACAACGGCAGCAGCAACUACCCCAACAACAUCGGCGCGGGGUCGCAGUUUGCUGCUCAGCAGCACUCGCAAUUGCGCUCCGCGCAUAACGGGUCGAGACAUGUCCAAUUGGGGGUUCGGGCUUCCUCCUCAUCGACAUCUACGGGUCAGAUGGAUAUACGAAAUAUGUUUGGUGGGCAGGUUCGCAAACGAGGAUACCCUGGGGAUGUGAGUGAUGGCCGUGGUGGUGGUGAAUCCGGGGCGAUUGGGACGAAGAAAGCGAAGGUGAAGACGGGGUAUAGCUCUGACUGGGCUACAGAGAUAGCACCGGCGGCAGCAGCAGUAACGACAACAGCAACAAAAGGAGGUGUAUCUGCGCCACCCCUCACAACCACUUCCUUCAAGUCUUGUCCCACACCUACACUUACAUCUUCCAUCACCUCGAAGAAUACAACCACGACCACGAUCAAGGAAUCAACAACAUCAACCCCCCCCUCAAUGAAAUCUGCAACGACCCCAUCUACCUCAUGCGAAACUAUACCGCCAUCCCUGCAUAUCGAACCCAUGAACAACAAAAAGGUCUUCAGCUCCCUCACCAUCCACAUCAACGGCCAAACAACCCCUCUCAUCUCCGACCACGCUCUCAAGCGCCUCCUAGUCUCGCAAGGAGCUACCCUAAGCCUUUCCCUCUCUCGGAAGAUCACGCAUGUCAUCAUUGGAGUCCCCAAUGCGGGACCGGGCAACGGCGGCGCGGGAGGUGGACUCGCCGCUACCAAGAUCCAGAAAGAGCUCCAGCGCGGAGGAUGGAAGGGAGUGAAAAUUGUAGGGGUCCAGUGGUAA